CGCUAGUGUUUGAUAAACGACCACCAUCUACGCUCAACUUCACUAAUUCACUCCUCAACAUAUCGAUGACUACAGAGGUUGUUUCUGUCAACGGUUCAGAUUCGGGCUCUACAAGCUCAUCAAUGUCUAUCCGAGCUACCAAGCGCAAAUUCGAUGAUGCCCUCCAAAGUCUCGACAACGCAGUAGCUCCAGCGAAGACCUUACCCGAAAGACCAACAGCUCCCAAACGACCACACAUGACCCGCUCUCUUUACUCUACGCUCGCCAAGUAUGGGAUCCAGUCCAACAUCCCCAAACCAUCCAUCGAUACUCUGGAUAAGCAUGAUAUUUCCAAGGCUGCCCCUCACCUGGCUGCGAUCUUGGCACGCUCCAAGAGCAAAGGAGCUACCCCUUUUGUACACUCUAGCUUUCCAGUAUCAGCUUCGCUCUCCUCGGAAUACCGACCAUCAUCCACUCAGUCAUUCUUAUCCCGCCUAUCGACCUACAAGUUGACGACAUAUGCAAACAAGCCGCCUCAAAUUGAUGCUGUGGCUGCAGCGAAGUGCGGUUGGAUAAACGAUGGCAAAGACAGGCUAGUGUGUGGAAUUUGUGAUGUUUCAUGGGUUGUUGUGGGGCGAGACGGCAUGACACGAGAAGCCGCCAAUGCGUUUGUUGAGAAGCAGCGCAUCCAGCUAGUGGAGAUGCAUAAGGACGGAUGUCCUUGGCGUACUAGGCAGUGUGAUUCGUCGAUUUACCGCGUGCCGCUUCAAGCACCGACUGCCAUGGCACGGGACAUCAAAUCCAAUGCACGCUCUCUAGAGCCUCUGUUGACAGACGUCAUGAUCAAACAUCCAUUGUCCGCCUCUCAGCUUGCCUCGCUUCGUUCAGCAAUUACCUCAGUCAAGCCUCCUCAGGCCCAAUCAGAAUCCGAGAAUGAGUCGGCAAUGCAGGUUGAUGCAGAACCUGAGCCAUCUGAUACCGCAAUUAUAACUGCCCUCUUCGGCUGGUCAUUGGCCCCGCCUGCUCCUCCCUCGGAACGUAGUCGCACUUCGUCACUUUCUCGAAUAGCUACCAUGUCCAGACCAGCUUCCCCGUCUCUGUCUAGGUCUCCAUCAGUCUCACGUACCGUUCAGUGGGGGCGGGCAGAUUCACCAUCUCCGAUGCCCUCUUCGCCCCUUACUAGUAUUUCACAGUUGGGAGGUACACCCGUGCGCACGCGAACACCACGGCUGAGCGACAUCGGGAAAAGCGCCCGGGACACAUCUCUUUUGCACUGUUCCUUGUGCCAACGACGCGUCGGCCUCUGGGCAUUCACACCUCAGUUUGCUUCAUCACCGCUAGACAGCAGCCCGCUACCACAUCCGCCAACAAAGAAGAGGGAGUUUGAUGUACUGAAUGAACAUCGAUCGUAUUGCCCAUUCGUCGUCCCUUCGACGGUGGUACCGAAACUACCCAUGCCUUCUACCUCGCCUGCUUCUGCAAAUGCAGCGGCAGAUGGCGCAACCGAGGGUUGGCGUGCUAUGCUGACCGUUGUGCUUCGACACGGCUUGAGUGAGCGGCAACGGAAUGCACGCUUAUUACUUUCCGCAGGGGACAGCGAAAUAAUGCAUGGUAUUGACGACGAGCUUGAAGGCGUAGAAGCUAUGGUAGCGAGUGUAAAGAGCAAAGGGGGACGAGAGUUAUUGAAAUAUGUCAAAGGACUGCUGGGUUGAUGUAGAUCUUGUAUUUGCGUGCUUUCAUCCUUUGAUUCGGACAAAAUGUACAUGUAUUUCCAAUCUUGAUAUCCCACAAGAAAUGAAGCAUCUGUAUCAGCUUUUGAGAUCGCUGGUACAAGUAGAAAUCUACCAAGUAUGCUAAUCAAAAA